UAUAUUCCAUCGUCAGCCCGAUCAGAAGUGCUCGUCAUCUUCACCGUAGUGCAGCCCUCCGGUGAUAUUUGGUUUGCAGGUUCUUUUCUGAUCGUACCCUUUUCAAAUCACGACUCGUCUCUGCCCCUGAGAAUCGGUGGAAGUGAAAGAGGCGAAUCUCCGGCUACAUUUUCAUAAGGGGCAACUUGAUCCUAAGAAAUGGUUGAUGAAGAAGAGAGUUGGUGUCUUGUGACUGGGGGAAGAGGCUUUGCUGCAAGGCAUUUAGUGGAUAUGCUCAUCCGUUAUGAUAUGUAUUCGGUUCGGAUCGCUGAUCUGGGACCUGAUAUCAAGCUCGAACCCAAUGAGGAGAAGGGAAGUCUUGGGCAAGCUUUACUCUCUGGUCGUGCUGAAUAUGUAUCUAUGGAUCUUCGCAUCAAAUCUCAAGUAUAUAGAGCUUGCGAAGGGGUCGAAGUUGUUUUUCAUAUGGCUGCUCCAGAUUCAUCAAUUAAUAACCAAAAGCUGCAUUAUUCAGUCAAUGUGCUCGGCACAAAGAACAUAAUUGAUGCUUGUACUGUGCUAAAUGUGAAAAGGCUUAUCUAUACUAGUUCUCCUAGUGUGGUGUUUGACGGGAUACAUGGAAUAAUUGAUGGGGUUGAAGCAAUGCCAUAUCCUGCUAAGCACAAUGAUUCAUAUUCUUCAACUAAAGCUGAAGGAGAGGCAUUAGUUAUCAAGGCAAACGGUAUGAAUGGACUUUUAACAUGCUGCAUUCGUCCUAGCAGCAUUUUUGGUCCGGGUGAUAAAUUGCUUGUUCCAUCUUUAGUUGCUGCAGCAAGGGCAGGAAAAUCCAAGUUUAUAAUUGGAGAUGGCAAGAACAUGUAUGAUUUCACUUAUGUCGAAAAUGUGGCACAUGCCCACGUAUGUGCCGAAAGAGCUCUUGCAUCAGGCGGUACUGUCUCAAAGAGGGCUGCAGGCGAGGCUUAUUUUAUAACUAACAUGGAGCCAAUCAGGUUUUGGGAGUUCAUGUCACUUAUUCUUGCUGGCCUUGGCUAUGAAAGGCCAAAAAUCAAGAUUCCUGCCUUUGUCAUGAUGCCAAUUGCAUGCUUGGUGGAGCGUAUAUAUCACCUGUUAGCACCAUAUGGGAUGAAGGUACCACAGUUGACACCUUCAAGAAUCAGACUCCUAACUUGCAACAGAACAUUUAGUUCUUUUAAAGCAAAUGAUCGACUCGGCUACAGACCUAUUGUGCCACUAAAGGAGGGUCUCAAAAAAACUAUUGAAUCAUAUUCUCAUCUCAGGGCUGAAGUUCUGCUUAGAAAGGGAGGGCCUUCUAAAGCCACAGUAUGUCUUGGAAGUGGAAUGGUUGCGGACAUACUUCUAUGGAGGGAUACAAAGCUGACACUCACUGCAAUGCUAGUUUUGUUUGCAUUCUAUGUCAAUUUUGUAUUACCUGGGCAUACCAUGAUUACUGCAAUAUGCAAGGUCUUCAUCAUGGCCUCGGUCUUUUUGUUUAUCCAUGGGAAGUUGCCUCCUAAGUUAAUGGGAUAUUCAAUUGAGAAAAUUCCAGAAUCAAACUUACAAUUCACAGAUACUAUAUCACGCCAAACCGCUUUAUCAGUGGCUUCAUCAUGGAAUUGUGCAGUAUAUAGUCUAAGAUCUAUUUCCAAUGGGGCUGACUCGUUGCUAUUCUUCAAGGUGGUUCUAUCGCUCUUCAUUCUUAGCUUGAUCGGGUCCAUGUCACUACAAAGCUUCUUCACCAAAGUUAUUCCCUUCGCCUUUGUCGCCUUCUACCUUUAUGAGCAAAAGGAAGAUACAAUCGAUGGAUUUCUCCAAAAUAUUCUCCCGAUUGGACGAUUAUCAAAUCCCGACUUCGUAAGAUCAUCGAAUCCUUUCAAACCCCUUGACAAACUUGAAACAAAAACCGAAUAGAUCUCAUUCGAACAUUUUCUCCGUACAAUUUGUAGGUCUUUUAAGAAAAUGUAUCUGAAGAGUACAAAAUAUUUAUGUAUUAAAUGGCUAAAAGUACAUGUCUUCAAACACAACCAAUGAUAUAUCAGUUUGUCGACAACGUU